AUGGAUUCACCCGAUGACGCGCCAUACUUUUGCAUGGCAGACAAAAGGUGUCGCCUCUGCCAGUUCGAUUUAAGAGAAAACGACCGAGUCAUCGCACACAUUGGGGACCGCCGAUGUUCUAUGGUGUUUAACCUCCGCAUGACCGAUACCAUACACGACCGCUAUGAAUGGAUCAAUUUACACACUUGCGCUAGGCGUCGAUGCAUGAUGGACAGUCCUCGCGUACCUUUCUUUCACAGGGACUGUUAUCGCUUUAGACUCUAUUACAUCUCCGACACUCUGGUCGCUGCUGGAAACUACACUUUCGACCCUCCUGGACUCGAGAAGAGUAGGCGCUCUCAUCGUAUUAUCCGUCUUUUGGCUCCCAAGUUGAGAGAUCAACUUCAAAUCAGGCUUCCGGAUGAGCUAUUAAUGCCUAUAGCGGGACUUCUUGUCCAUAAAUGUGCCGCUAUCACGGCAGAAGAACAGUCCCUGGGGACCAAUGCCUCUGAAUCUACCGUCGAACUUGCACAUGAUUUGUAUGUUAGUUACACUACCGUCGAUGGCGUCCGUUAUGUCAAGAGUCUUGAUAAUGCAGUAUCAAAGCUCUGCGAUCAAGAUUGCCUCAUGUUACUGAAUAAACAGGGUGAACCUAUCCACAAGAUAUGGAUCGCUGAAGAUUAUCGUGGCAUCCGCGCUGUAAAAUUAUGUUCUGCAGAUGCCUCGUUCGCAGGACCUACACCAAUCGCGAAAUCAUGGUGGAGAGCCAUCUCUGUUCCGUGUGGUAUCGAAAAUAUCACAAUCAAGUCUGAUGCAAGUACCAUCUACCCAAGUGGAGUCCCAUGUUAA